GGUUGUCAUCAAGGAAGUAAUUUGACGACGACGCUGGAAGAAAAAUAUUUUUGUCUUAAAUCUACUAUCAUCUGGUUUAAUACUGUAAUUGGCCUCAAAUAAGUGAUUGGCUGAUUAUUAUCUAACAGUCGACCACAACGGGGACUUGGUUGUGGAUGCUUUUAUGAAUCCGAAAGACAAAAAACGAAGCCAUUUGUUCCAACUUGAAUUUUCCCCUGAGCGUUCGUUAUUCUGAGAAGAAAGGCAGCGGAGGGGCCCUGUCACAGGAACUCUAUUAUAUCCUCUCAUUCCGAAAACGACAACUUUUACUUGUUUUUAUAGUAAUAUAAUAUUGUUAACGAAAUGGCUUGUGGGGCUACCUUGAAACGGACUAUGGAUUUCGAUCCAUUGAUGAACCAGGCGUCCCCCAAAAGGAGAAGAUGCGCCCCUAUGUCUCCCGCAACCUCCACCUCAUCACCCCAGAAAUAUCUGCGCAUGGAGCCCUCACCAUUUGGAGAAGUGUCGUCCAGACUCACAACCGAGCAAAUCCUAAACAACAUCAAGCAGGAGUACAAGCGGAUGCAGAAACGAAGGCACCUGGAGAACAGCUUUUUGCAGUCGGAGGGCUGUUGUCCUUUGGAGUCACAAGCCCAUGGCUCCAUCCUUAGUGGGUCCAGUCUGCCAGGUGCUUCCUCUGGUGCCGUGUCCCCAUCUAGAAAAGAGCAGCCUCUGUUUACCUUGAAACAGGUUGGGUUGAUCUGUGAACGACUGCUUAAAGAACGAGAAGAGAAAAUACGAGAAGAAUACGAUGAAAUAUUGACUACAAAACUAGCAGAGCAAUACGAUGCUUUUGUCAAGUUCACUCAUGAUCAGCUAAUGCGGCGAUUUGGAGAGCAACCUGCUAGCUAUGUUUCCUGAGUGAAACCCUGUGUUUGAUGGAAUACCAGUUUCACGUUUUAUUCUUGCUGAAAAGUGCCCCAGCUGAUUCUCUGCCAACCGUAUGCUCCAGGGACUCAGUGGGUCUAGCUGGGCUUGUAGCAGUGCCAUACCUCUCCCGUGGGCACAUGGCAUCUCAGGCUUCUGUCCGUGGCAACUAUGUUCCCUUCAGCAACUGGUAUUUGGGACGCGUCCCAAAUGGCUCCCUAUUCCCUAUAACUGUACUCUGCUUUUGACCAGAGCCAAUACAGUCAGAUGGUGUACUAUGUAGGGAAUAGGGUGUCAUUAUUUUGGAUCGAAACGUUGGGGAGUGCUUCCUGCCAUCAACACGUAUACGGACCUCCGCCACCAAGUAACUCUACCUGUGGCCUCCCUUAUUUUAAUUGCCAUAUUGAUAUUUGCUAGGCUUUUUGUUUUUUUCCUGAUGCCUUUUAUAAAGUGACCUGCUGCUCCCAGGUGUGCUAUUGUCCCAGGACUGUUCCCAGGUGUGCCGGCCAUUGUCCCAGGACUGUUUGUGCCCUUGCCAGCUGCAUUGCCAUUCUUGUCAAGCCAAGACAGGUGACAAGGAUUUGGCAAUGAAGCCCUAAUCGACUGUCUAUGACUGCAACAAAACAUAGAUUUUUUUUAUUUGGUUCCAUAAACAUGCUUUUUUUAAAUGUUCUUGCAAAGAUGCCACAGCAAAUCAGCAUGUAUCUUUUUGAGAGAGAGGCGUUCACUUCAAAGAAAGUGGAUAAAUCACUGAAAAACCUGGACUCGAGGAGAGGACAUCCUGGCAUUCAUCAGUUAUGGUUAGAUUUUACUCUUGUAAAGGAUAUUUGUAAUACAAUUUUAUUUUUUUUGGUUUAGCUAUUGUUUAUCCUUUUUGAUUUUAUUAAAAAAAAAAUCUUUAAUUGGCUAUGUAGAUUAAUGGACCUGGGUUUGGGGAAAGCUAACUAAUAAAAGGUUUUCAUUAAAGGGUGA